CUGUUGGGAUUAUAGAAGUAAUCACCACCACCCCCAACCUCUACUAUUAUUUUUAAUGGAAUUUUCCCAAAAUAUUUUCGGUCUACAGUUUUUUGAAUCUGCAGGUACAGAACCCAUGGACACAGAGGCCUGACUAUAUAUCUUUUUAUUAAUUUAAAUAUUUUAAUUAAUUUAGGUGAUGCUGAAUGUUUAGUUAUGUAUGCUUGUGUUUGUGUUUCUCAUGCAGUUAAACUUUUUCCAAAACAUUAUUUUCAAUAUUAAUGUAAUACUUUAAGAGUGUAAUGAAGUAUUCUCACAUAGCUUCCAAUUUUUCUGCUAUUACAAACAACUUUUAGGGAAAAAUCUGUACAUGACUCUGAUUAUUUCCUUAGGAUAGAGUUACAGAAAUUACUGUGUUAAAGGUAUGAAAAUUAUUUUAAGUUUCUACAUAAAUAUUGGUAACUUGUAAAUAGGCAUUUAAAAAUUGUCUUUAUUAUUCACUAUGUAUAAAAUUCUUGAGUACUGAGAGGAGGAGAGCAGGGCAUGCCCCUCUGGUUGUCUGGGGCAGUUCUUCCUCCCUUAAUGGUGUGACACUAACUCAGACAGAUUUGCCCAGGGAACCAGAAUUAGAAAGACUUUUUAUCAUACUUGAAAUAUUUUAUGGAGUAAUUGCUAAAGAAGGCUCUUUUGAUAAUUGUUUAAAGCAACUCAGAUAUUAAUGUAUACCAGUGGUCUAAGACAAUGAUUAUGACGGUGUUCCAGUUGGAAGGGGAAUAACAAUUACUCAGACGUAGCAAACAAAUUAAUGCUGACUGUUGUUUAGUUUGAUUUGGUAUGUGUUUAGUAACUGUGCUAUGUUGUGUAUGUGGCUUUAACAGUGCUAGAAAAUGUAGUAUUUAAAAGUAGAGAAGGGUUGUAAUGGUUAUCUUUAUGAACAAGGGAUACAAAGGAACCCAGUAAUUCAAAGAUGGUUUUAAAUGAGAGUUCAUUUUUUGUCAUUUAUAUGUGUUGCUCUGUUUUUGAAGAAAAUUAAUAUGCUGUUUUGAAACUUUAGGUUUGCAUAUACUUGAGUAACUGUAUACAAAGUGUAUUCUUUUGUGCAGGUGUGAAGAUUCUUGAUACACAGCCUAGAGGGAAAGCAGAAGCAUAGUGGUGCCUUUUAUUGUUCUUUCAAUUUCACUGAUUCUAAUUAUAGAAGCUUACAUCACCUUGGUUGAUGAUGACAGUUUCUCUCUCCUUCUUGGUUUUUCUUCCUCUAUUACUCCCUAAGGAUGGAUCAUAUUUCAUAGUGCAUGUGUGUCCAGCUGGUGGCUGUGACAGAUUUUCAACAAAAAUGGGGGUGAUCAGUUAGUGGAUAUAUAUAUGACAUAUGCUGAAGCACACUGUUUCUUACAAGAGAAUAAAAGAAUGCUGGUACUCUUGCCUCGCCUCCUUCAUGAAGGCUGAGGAAUAGGUAUGCAGUUUGAAAGCAGAAGUCCUGAGGGGCACCAGUAAUUAGAGUUAACUGUCUGAUAACUGCAAAGAUGCGUUUCAGAUGUUCAUGUUAAACAUGGAGGGAAAGGGGUGGAAAAGAUUGUUAUGAUCCUUUGAAAGGGCUUGUAUGUUACCUAUGACCAUUGCAGUCAUUUAUUCAUUUAUUUUCCAAAAGACUUAAAAGUGUUUUCACUCUGUAAAUCAGUACAAUUUAAGUUUAUAUUUCAAAAACCAAAUACAACUAAAAUGCAGAAAUGAGUGUACUCUUUAUUUUGUAAAACUGCAGAAUUUUUCUUUUGUUCUUUAACUUCUUUGGAGUUUGACUUCUCUAAAUUAUGAUUAUAAUAUUUCACUGCAGAUUGGGAAUAAAUUCUAUUAAUGUAAUAAGUAAAUAAAAUGCCUGGGUUAGUAUAAAUCCAGUUUUUGUUAUCAUUAGUUUUGUUUGUUUUUCAUAAUGCCUAGAAUGUAUAUCCUCUUAUGGCUUACCUUCAUCUGUGGUAACCUUUCCCUGUCCUUCUUUUCAGUGUUGUCACAUAUUGACAUAAAAGAUAUGUUUACGGCUAGUUUAGUAACUAUCAGAACCUUAUCUUUGGCUUUCUAAACAAUAUGAUUUCAAGUAUUUCAGUUUGUAUUUUUGUUUAUAAAUAAUAUGCACAGUUAACAUAAAUUUUAAUAACUACAUGGCAUUUACACUUUUAUAAAAGUAUUUCAUCAUGAUUUGAAUCUUUGGAAAGUCAACAUACAUUGCUCUAUUUUAUAGUAGUGCAAAAGACCUUUCUGAAGCUAAAGAUUUCAUUAAUAGGGGUUAGCAUCAUGACAUUUCAUAUGCAGGGGAAAUGUGUUCAUAAGUGGCUGUCUUGUAGUGAUUCCUAGACAAUAUGUAGAUCAGGACAUUCUCCUUUGCUGCAUUUAAUUCAUUUGAAUUGAUAAGAUAAUGAGAUGAGAUCGUGAUAAAAUUCUAAAAGUGAUGCAAGUGAAAAAUAGGUUAUUUACCUAGUCAUUUAUUUUAGUUAUUUGAUAAAUUACUAUUCUCUUCAAAGGAUGUUUAUUUCUUCAUUCAGUAGUUAAAAGGCAAAGUCAUUAUUUCAUCAGAAUGCUGGUGGAUCCCCAUGUUGAGUAUGGAAUUUGGCCUGUUUCUUUUCUUGGUAUUGUUACACAGGGAGAUUUCGCAUGAUAGGUUCACUAUACAGUUCCCUGGAAUCGAAGAUACUAUGAGAUGAUUGGUAAAGGAUGAUGUCAUGUUCACUUACAAGUCAAACUAAAGGAAAAGAGAGUUUUGUUCCUUUACUGAGUUGGUGUUUACUACAGUAGGUCUAACAUAUGGCACUAGUGGAUUACAUUUCUCACUCUGGGCAGCAGUUUUUUAAAGCAGCUAAGAGAUGGCUGUCUCCCUUGCCCAACUUGAGGUCCUUCUUUGUGUGUUGAUCAGCAUGAUUUAUAAAAAGGGGGAAAGGUGUGUAUUAAAAUUUUGCUUUUUGAUUUGGCUAUAAUAUAUUCUGUUGGUACUAUACAUGAAUAUAAUUACUGUCUGGUGUUGAAAUUCCUAGUAUUCUUGAAUCUUGCUACUGAUAUUUAUGUGUAAAAUACUCAUCUUUUAGAAAUUUUAUCUUUAGUGAGUUUGUCUUCAUGUACAUACAAAGUACCUACUAUCAUUUUUCUAUUUUAAAGAAUGAUUAACUUAAUAUUACUUAAUAUUAAGUAUCAAGUGGAAUUCCAACUCACAUAUGGUUGAUUUAAAUUAAACUGAAAAAAAAAAAAAAAACCACACUGGUGCUUGAAAAUCAAUCUGUAUAAAUAUUCCAUGUUUUAUGUUUAGAAAACUAGUCAUGCUUGUUUGCAUUUGUGAGAUUUAAUUUUAUAUUUAAAUGCAGGUAUUGUGUAUUUUGGUAUUGUGUCUUUGGAAUUUUGGCAGAAAAACAUUCUUUAAAACUUUAUGAAAAUCUAAAUAAUUACAUAUUUUGAAACCAUAACUUGUCUUUGUUCAAAAUUAUACUUAGUUUAACUUAAAUUCUAGUUUCAUAAGUAGCAGCGUAAUUCAGAUUGGCAGCAUAGUAUUGUUCAGAAAGUGACUCAGACUUUUCUCAAAAAUAUUGAAGAACUUAUUUUUUGUGUGCCUAACGACAAGAUGUUUCUUCUGCAGUCAGUGGAGUCCUUUGUUAAAAUACCUGUCUCCCAGGUAACAUGUCCUGUUAUGUUGCACAUCCCGUUUUCCCCAAAAUAAAAGUGUUUGGUGAAUAAAGCAAAAUAAUUCUAUUGCUUUGAUUUGUUCACUGAUUGGUUUUCUCAUAAUUUUGCUGCCUGGAGGUAUAACUAUAUUUUACUCUUGGGAACUGUCUUACUUUGGCCAUUAGGAGCAACCAUCACAAGCUUAGUUGGAGUAUCUAGUGCCUUGUAGCAGAAGCAUGAAGAACAAGGAUGGGUACUAGUAGUAUUGUGUUUUCAGAUGGAAGAGGGUGUGGCAAAAUUAAAAUCUUUUUCUGUAAUUUCUAUAGAAAAAUGGGGCAAUUUUUUUUAGUUCACACUGUGGAAGCAGGUUUAAUCAUUUUCUUUGAUUUCUUCUGAGUUACUUUUGCUGGCUUCUUGUCUUUUUCUAGGAACUGAGCAUUGGGCUACAGGAAAGUACCUUGUUGUGCAGAUUAUUCUUUCUCAAAGGAGUUGGUGCGUGCUCCAACUAUUGGUGUACAUGUGAUUUUUUUCCAGCUUCCCUUUGCAAAAUGAAAUUCUAUUGUUUCCAUUUAAAUUUACUAUCUACCUACAAAUCUUAGUACUAGUUUGUAUAUUCUUAAUGUUAAUUUAGAGUGAUCCUGAAGUUUGUAUCUUUCAGAACAUUUCUUCGAUAAAUAGCAAAUUUUGCAAGCAGAAACCCCUUGUUAACAAAUACAUGUGACAUCUGAGAACCUAGGCUGCCUGCUUUAUUUGGAAUGCAAUGGUAUCUUAUCAGAGCUUAUAAUUUUACCUUGGGAGGACAAUACUGUAUUACAUUUGAAUAAUAAUAGGAAAUAUGGCUUCCCAAAUAUAGCUGUGUAUCAAUGUACAGAAUUAAAAAUCAAAAUGGAUUUUUAAAACUGUGAAGUCGAAAGGGUGUUCAAGCCAAUUUUUUUCUUAAAGAAUUUAGCUUGCUGACGUGUCUCAUGGAAGGGAGGAUGGGGUGUGUGUGUGUGUGUGUGUGUGUGUGUAUGUGUGUGUGUUCAAUAAAUUGCUCUUUGGGCUACAUCUGCAGAUACAGUAGCCAAUUGAUCUAAUGCAGUUUCUGGAGGCUUUCUGUACAGGUGAUGUCAUCCUUUUAGCUCUAUUCUCCUCCCACUCUCUUUCCUUCUUAUUAGAUAUUUCAUCUUACUGCAGAGCAUAGAAUCAAUAGGAGCUUCUCCUUAGGGAGCUGCUUUGAAACAGGCAAGGACAGUAGGAAUUAAGACAGUAACAUUCAGUCUUGCUUUAGCAGAAGAUAUAGUGGUUUUGUACUGUAUUAUAUAAAAAUGUUUAACCAGAAAAGCCAGACUUACAUCAAGAGUGCUGUUUUACUGAUGCAUUAGAAUAAGAAGCAGUGCUGCAGAGCUGUAAACAGUGCAUGUGAAUAGAGAAAAUAAUUACAAUUUUGGAGAUUCUUAGGCAUUCUACAGGACAAACCUGUUACAGCAUAUGUCAUCUAACUGCCAUUUGCUCAACGUUUUUUUUGUUGUUGGUGGUGGUGGUGGUGGUUUUUUUUUUUAACCUCUGGUGGUUAAGAAUAUAAAGAAGAAACUUUAAUCUUCAGGAUACAAUGUUUGCUUUUGAUGCAGAAGAAUCACUGAGUGCUUGUUCUACAGAAUGAAAUAAGUUGAAGAAAAGACAAAGCUAUAUCACAGAGAGGAAAGGUUUCACGGAAUCCAGGAACACAGAUUUGGUGCAUGUUGCCUGGUUUGCUUUGAUUGAUAUUGUAUUAACUGUUGUGCUACCACUCUGCGUGUCUGUGUCAGGUGCCUGAGGCCGCAUGUAUAUGUUUGAAUAUUCUGAGCCAGAAUUGUAAACAUCUUCAUUUACUGUGAUUUGCUUGUUAAAGUCAACGUUUUAAUUUAGAACAAUACUUUACUGAAAGCUCCUGAUUUCACUUUUAAAAGGGGUUUGGAGAGGCUGCCUUUAUAUAAACACUGCAGUGGUGUGUGAUUUGUAAAAAGAAACUUAACAGAAUUUUAUCACCAUACUCAUCACUGUGGCUCUGGUUUGAAAAGGAAACUACCCUUUCCAGCCUAGGAAAUGGCUUUUCUUGUUCGCUGUUAUGCCAAUUGUCUUCAACCAUGGGCCUCCAAACUUCCAGCUGAUCUUACCAAGAUGCAUCUCACAGACAACCCUCAUCCACAGGUGACUCAUGUGUCUUCUAGUCAGUCUGGUUGUAGCAUCGCCAGUGACUCUGGAAGCAGCAGUUUAUCUGAUAUCUAUCAGGCUACGGAGAGUGAGGUAGGAGAUGUAGAUUUGACACGUCUUCCAGAAGGACCUGUUGAUUCUGAGGAUGACGAAGAGGAAGAUGAAGAGAUUGAUCGAACAGAUCCAUUGCAGGGGCGAGAUCUUGUUCGAGAAUGUCUUGAAAAAGAGCCUGCAGACAAAACUGAUGAUGACAUUGAACAACUGCUGGAGUUUAUGCACCAGCUCCCUGCUUUUGCAAACAUGACCAUGUCUGUAAGGAGAGAACUCUGUUCAGUGAUGAUUUUUGAAGUGGUAGAGCAGGCUGGAGCUAUUAUUCUUGAAGAUGGGCAAGAGCUUGACUCAUGGUAUGUUAUUUUAAAUGGCACUGUGGAAAUCAGUCAUCCAGAUGGAAAAGUUGAAAAUUUGUUUAUGGGAAAUAGUUUUGGAAUUACUCCCACUCUGGAUAAGCAGUACAUGCAUGGAAUUGUCAGGACUAAAGUAGAUGAUUGUCAGUUUGUCUGCAUAGCCCAGCAAGAUUAUUGGAGAAUUUUAAACCAUGUGGAAAAAAAUACCCAUAAAGUUGAGGAAGAGGGAGAAAUUGUUAUGGUACAUGAGCAUCGGGAACUAGACCGGAGUGGAACCAGGAAAGGACACAUUGUAAUCAAGGCAACACCUGAGCGUCUCAUAAUGCAUUUAAUAGAAGAACAUUCUAUCGUGGAUCCAACUUAUAUAGAAGAUUUUCUGUUAACUUAUAGGACAUUUCUUGAAAGUCCUUUGGAUGUUGGGAUCAAACUAUUGGAAUGGUUUAAGAUCGACAGCUUAAGAGAUAAGGUGACACGGAUUGUAUUAUUAUGGGUAAAUAAUCAUUUUAAUGAUUUUGAAGGUGACCCUGCUAUGACUCGAUUUCUAGAGGAAUUUGAAAAAAAUCUGGAGGAUACAAAGAUGAAUGGUCAUCUCCGGUUAUUGAAUAUUGCCUGUGCUGCAAAGGCUAAGUGGAGACAGGUUGUGCUGCAGAAGGCUUCCCGUGAGUCCCCUCUACAAUUCAGCCUUAAUGGAGGAAGUGAGAAGGGAUUUGGUAUUUUUGUUGAAGGAGUAGAACCUGGUAGCAGAGCUGCUGAUUCAGGACUGAAACGUGGUGAUCAGAUUAUGGAAGUAAACGGACAAAACUUUGAGAAUAUUACAUUUAUGAAAGCCCUUGAAAUUUUGAGGAAUAAUACUCAUCUUGCACUUACUGUGAAGACCAACAUUUUUGUGUUCAAAGAGUUACUUUUUAGGACUGAACAAGAGAAAUCUGGUGUUCCUCAUAUUCCCAAAAUUGCUGAAAAAAAAAGUAAUCGCCAUUCUAUCCAGCAUGUGCCAGGAGAUAUUGAACAGACAUCACAGGAGAAAGGAAGUAAGAAAGUUAAAGCAAAUACUGUUUCAGGUGGAAGAAACAAAAUCAGGAAGAUUUUGGAUAAAACACGAUUUAGUAUCUUGCCUCCAAAGCUAUUUAGUGAUGGAGGCCUAAGCCAAUCACAAGAUGACAGCAUUGUGGGAACAAGGCACUGUAGGCAUAGUCUGGCUAUAAUGCCCAUCCCUGGAACACUCUCAUCUAGCAGCCCUGAUCUCCUGCAGCCUACCACCAGUAUGUUGGAUUUUUCCAAUCCUUCAGCUGUUGGUUUUUAUUAUAUUCCUGAUCAAGUUAUAAGAGUUUUCAAAGUGGAUCAGCAAAGUUGCUACAUUAUCAUCAGUAAAGACACUACAGCUAAAGAAGUAGUUUGUCAUGCCGUUCAUGAAUUUGGUUUGACCGGUGCAUCCGACACAUACUCUCUCUGUGAAGUUUCUGUUACUCCUGAGGGUGUCAUAAAACAGAGAAGACUUCCAGAUCAGUUCUCCAAAUUAGCUGAUAGAAUUCAACUCAAUGGAAGGUAUUAUUUAAAAAAUAACAUGGAAACAGAAACCUUAUGUUCAGAUGAAGAUGCUCAAGAACUGGUUAAGGAAAGCCAGCUAUCCAUGCUGCAGCUCAGUACCAUUGAGGUGGCCACCCAGCUGUCAAUGAGGGACUUUGAUUUGUUUCGUAAUAUUGAGCCGACUGAGUACAUCGAUGACCUUUUUAAGUUAAAUUCCAAAGCAGGAAAUACUCACUUGAAGAGGUUUGAGGACAUUGUAAACCAAGAGACAUUCUGGGUUGCCUCAGAAAUUUUAACUGAAGCAAAUCAGCUCAAACGAAUGAAGAUUAUUAAGCAUUUUAUUAAAAUUGCACUUCAUUGUCGAGAAUGUAAGAACUUCAAUUCCAUGUUUGCAAUAAUAAGUGGCUUGAACCUGGCAUCUGUAGCACGACUCAGAGGUACUUGGGAAAAGUUACCAAGCAAAUAUGAGAAACAUCUUCAAGAUCUACAAGACAUUUUUGAUCCAUCUAGAAACAUGGCCAAGUAUAGAAAUAUUCUUAGUAGUCAAAGUAUGCAGCCUCCAAUUAUUCCACUCUUCCCUGUUGUCAAGAAAGAUAUGACAUUUCUACAUGAAGGAAAUGACUCCAAAGUAGAUGGUUUAGUAAACUUUGAGAAGUUAAGAAUGAUUUCCAAGGAAAUCCGCCAAGUUGUUCGAAUGACUUCUGCUAAUAUGGACCCGGCUAUGAUGUUUCGACAGAGGAAGAAGAGGUGGCGGAGUCUGGGGUCACUGAGUCAAGGAAGCACAAAUUCAAACAUGCUGGAUGUUCAGGGAGGUGCUCACAAAAAAAGGGCACGCCGCAGCUCUCUACUUAAUGCCAAGAAGCUAUAUGAGGAUGCCCAAAUGGCAAGGAAGGUGAAGCAGUAUCUUUCCAGUCUGGAUGUAGAGACAGAUGAGGAGAAGUUCCAGAUGAUGUCAUUACAGUGGGAGCCUGCGUAUGGUACUUUGACCAAGAAUUUAAAUGAGAAAAGAUCAGCCAAAUCAUCUGAAAUGUCCCCAGUGCCUAUGAGGUCAGCUGGUCAAACAGCUAAAGCCCACCUGCAUCAACCCCACAGAGUAAGCCAGGUGCUUCAGGCGCCAGCUGUCAAUCUGCACCCCAUCCGGAAGAAGGGACAAGCAAAAGACCCUGCAUUGAAUACAAGUUUACCUCAGAAAGUUUUAGGAACAACUGAAGAAGUAAGUGGUAAGAAACAUACAGAAGACACUGUUUCUGUGGCAUCAUCUUUACAUUCGAGUCCUCCUGCAUCUCCUCAAGGUUCCCCUCACAAAGGUUACACACUUAUUCCAUCAGCUAAAUCUGACAACUUAUCUGACUCCAGCCAUAGUGAGAUUUCUUCACGGUCCAGCAUCGUGAGCAAUUGUUCUAUUGACUCCAUGUCUGCAGCUCUACAGGAUGAACGGUGUUCCUCUCAGGCCCUGCCAGUCCCUGAACCCACUGGGGCAUUGGAAAAGACAGAGCACCCCUCAGGGAUAGGAGAUCAUAGUCAACAUGGCCCUGGGUGGACACUCUUGAAGCCAUCUCUAAUCAAGUGUUUAGCUGUCUCAUCGUCUGUGAGCAGUGAAGAGAUUUCUCAUGAGCAUGUCAUUAUAGAAGCAGCUGACAGUGGUCGUGGAAGUUGGACUUCGUGUUCAAGCAGCUCCCAUGACAACUUCCAAAGCCUUCCCAACCCAAAAAGCUGGGAUUUUUUGAACUCUUACAGACAUACCCAUUUGGAUGACCCCAUUGCUGAAGUUGAACCCACUGACUGUGAGCCCUAUUCCUGUCCUAAAAGCUGCUCUAGAACUUGUGGGCAGUGCAAAGGAAGCCUAGAGAGAAAGAGUUGGGCCUCCUCCAGUUCUCUGUCUGACACGUAUGAACCAAACUAUGGGACAGUUAAACGGAGAGUAUUGGAGAGCACCCCAACUGAGUCAUCUGAAGGCUUGGACCCCAAGGAUGCCACUGACCCAGUUUAUAAAACUGUCACUUCAAGUACAGAAAAGGGCUUGAUUGUGUACUGUGUCACCUCACCCAAGAAGGGUGAUAGGUAUAGGGAGCCACCUCCCACUCCUCCAGGAUAUUUGGGGAUUUCUUUAGCUGACCUAAAGGAAGGACCCCACCCACACCUAAAACCUCCAGAUUAUAGUGUGGCAGUGCAGAGAUCAAAGAUGAUGCAUAACAGCCUCUCUAGACUGCCACCAGCCUCUCUCAGUAGCAACCUCGUGGCCUGUGUUCCAUCGAAGAUUGUAACUCAGCCUCAGAGACAUAAUUUGCAGCCAUUCCAUCCUAAACUAGCAGAUGUGACUGAUGCAGAUAGCGAAGCGGAUGAAAAUGAACAAGUUUCAGCAGUCUAGCCUUUGGAUGACCUAUUUGAAAACCACUGAAAGUUAUGGAGGAAUGGGCAGAACCACUCAUGAUUCUGCAGGCCAUUGCUGACAAACAGUUCAUUGCUACAACCAGUCCAGAGGUUUUAUUCCCUCUACUCCGAGCAAUGAAAUAGACUUGAGUUAUGCUUCCUUUCAUUUACUUUCUGCAGAUGAAUAGUUUCCUGAGCAAUGGAUGCUAUGCCUGGAUACCAGUCUCCACUUUGCACGCCAGAACUGCCUUGGGACCACAGUUACAGAAAAAAUUUAAACUCAGAGUGAUCCUUCUGUAUAUUGCUAUAGAUUUUUCUUUCAUAAGCUAUUUUAAAGAUAGUGGCAUUAUUAUUUCCAAGCCAUAGCUUGGGCUGAAGGACAGAUUGAAAGUAUCUGCCAAUACCAAGGAUAUUCUUGUAUAUUUGAAUAAUAACUUAUUAUUUGCAUUAUUGUGGUUUUGUUUGUAUUUGAGAGCUCUUGUUAGCUGAUGUUCAUGUUUGAGGUCAUAAAAUUGUCUCUGAUCUGACCAAACAGAAGUCAUCUUUACAGAGGUGAUAUGCUUGAUCUACACAGAGAUGUGACAUGAUCUGUAGCACCAAUGCAAUGUAGGUCUCAGUUUGAGAGAAAUAGGAAGCCCUUUGCAGUUGAGGUGUUAGGAACCUGCUGGUCAUGGUGUGGAAAGCCAAAUGAAGCUGCCACAGGGUUUCUUGUCAGUCCUUUGGGAAAUGGGAGGGAGUAGUUUGGGGAGGAGGGUGGGAACCCUAAUUUCCAAAGAAUGAAAUUUUGAUGUUAAAUGACAUGUAUACAAAUUCUUUCUUAAGUGAAAGUUAUGCUGCAUCGAAUUGUAACUAAAAGUAUAGAUCCCACAAAUAGAGAAUGGGUUCUAGAGAGUCCUGUUCUAUAGAAAUCCAAAACUAAAAUCUCUCAUAACUCAAGUAUGGAAUACUUUUUUUAAAGAAAUUCUUAUCAUGGGUGUUGUAAUCAUGAGGAUGAAGUUGACUUUAUGCAGUGUUCUGCAGCAUGCCACCCCCACAUCUCAUAGCACCAGGUUGUGUCUGACCUGACAUACCCUGCAGCUCUCAGCUGCCUGCAGCAAAAUUUUGUGGGAGAAAGAGGAGCUGGAGUUAUAGAAAUGAUUGUCUCUUGGUUCUCAGUUUUUAGCCCUUGAGAGGACAUACUUUUCCAGCCUCAUGGGCAUGGCACUCUUAAUUAAAAUUUCAGUGACUGUUUACUGGAUGAGGCAGAUUUUUCACAUUUUUGCAAAUAUAAUGUUUUAUAUAUAUUAAGUUUAAUUUUUUCAAUUUUUUUAGUGUAAAAGCAAGUGGAAUUUUAAUAAACUUCUGUAAUUACCAAAAAAAAAAAAAAAAAAGCCAAAGCCAUUAACAUGCACUACCCAGAUCAACUUGCAGCCAAGAUGGGUUUACUUCUGAAUGGCUGUCCGUAUGUGUCCCACGUAGAGUUUAGUUGGUUUGUGGCCUCCCUUGUAGAAAUGUGUUGUCUUUCCCUAGCUGUCUCCGCUGUGUCUUCCUGCCUAUCCCCCUUCAUUUUAAAAUCAUGUAUCAGUUUUAAGGGGUAAAUGGUAGUAGUUCAUCUUUCCCAUCAAAAUGAUUGUCUCUUUAUUUUAGGAAUAAUAGCAUGUCUGAAAAAUUCCUGUGGUAAAAAAACAUUAAUCUGAAACUGAAGCCUUAGAAGUUAAUCCCAGGUAUGAUAAAAUGAGGCUUGGUGGUACCAUAGCUUUCUUGGUCCUUUGAAGUGGGAAAUAACCUGAACCAAAAAUCCUAGUUUGAAAGUUACACUUCAGUGAUUUGGCCUAUAAACAGUGGUCCUCUGAUUAUACUUUUUUUCCUUCACUGAUUUACAUAAUUUUGUUUUCAUGGCCACGGCAAAACAAUGUGAAAUAUAUUUUUGCUAUACCCACUUUUUUAUCAAUUCAGAUGUCUACUCUCAUCAUUUUAUAUUUAUUUCUCCAGAAAAAUGUGUGUUUUCAUAAUGUCUUUAUUUAUCAGGUCUUUCAAACCAAAUGGAAGCCUUACCUGUCUUUGUCCUUAAUAGUGUAAAUAUCUUGCACAGAGUGUUGAGGCCUAUGGUUUUGGACUUGUACCUUAUAGCUGCCUUUGUUUUAUCUAUCUAGCUUUAACUGUGAGUGUUCAGAUCAGAUGAUCACAUUGAUCAGGAGCCAAAGCCAAAUGCUUUGUAGUUUGUUAUGUAUGUAUCCCUUAAAAAAUCAUGAGGUUUUGAUUUUUCUAUUUUAACUAAGGGUACAUUCCUGCCUUCUCUUAGUUUGUCAUAUGACUAGAACAAGAGAAGCCUUAACCUGCAUUUACUCUAAUUCCAGAUCUCCAUUCAUUUUUGUUUUAUUAAUUUAUAAUUUUAAUGAAGAGACUAGUGCCCUCUCUUCCCACGACAACUCUUAAUCUGCCAAGACUGUUGAAGCAGUUAACCCUCAAUGCAAACUUUUGCCAAAUAGUAAGUUUCAACAAAAUACCUUUCUAGUGAAAGAUUUUGAGAAUUAGUAAAUCCAGUACAUGAUUCCAUAAAAGCUUAUUAAAGUUAAUAAUUCUCAUUUACUCCAAAUGAUUACUUUCAAUAUGAUCUUUGGGGAGAAAAAGCCUUUAGUGAAUUUUCUUGAGGGUGAUAAGUCACAUCAUUGCGAUCUACAUCACCUCCUCGAGAAUCUCUCCCAGGCUGAAAAUGUGAUGAUAAUCAUGGGUGUUUUUAAGAACAAAUCCAAUUUUUAUCAAGUGCUCUUUCCUCUACAAAAAAAAGGGAGGAGGAGAAGAAGCUUCCUUAAAACAAUGAUUAUUUUGAUUCAAUUUUAAGUUUCUACAAAAGGUAAUGUUAAAGUGUAUGUAUGCCUUUAGCAUUACCUUGAAGGCUAGAAAAACGGCAUAAAUCUUCAGAAAAGUGUCACAGUACAUGUUCAAAUUUAAACUUAAAUCCUGGUUCAUCUUUGGCUUUUGUUGUGCAUUUUUAAUGCUUCUUUGUUUUUGAUACACGGAAUGCAGUUGAACUUGAUCUUUUAAAAUUGAGACAUGUAAGCUAAUCAGCAAAAGACAAAAACAAAACUGCACAUCUGUAAUAAUCAGAUAGCAAUUUUGCUGCACAAUUCAUUGAUUGUAAGGUAUCCUGUAACAAGCAAUGUUUGUUUCCUAUUUUUUGAUACCUCUUAAACUUAUGUCUUUUAGAAAGACAGUGCCUCUGUAUGCUUUUUGUAUUUUUACUGAGUGUAAAUAUUUGUUAUAUUUUUGGUUAAGAGAAUGUAAAAAUACCAUUUAUUAUUAUCAGAUACUACUAAUACAUUGGUGGAAUCAAUAAAGAAUCUACAUUAA